AUGGGCACUGAGAGAGCCCGCCAGAGCCAGCCGUGCACCUGGCGCCUCCUCGCCCUGGUCCCCGUCUUCCUCAGCCUGGCGGCCUCCCUGGACUGGCAGACGGCCCACAUCUAUGACCCCUUCGAGAAAUGCAUGCACGACCCUGACUACGAGCAGCUGCUCAAAGUCGUGACCUUGGGCCUCAACCGGACCUUGAAGCCCCGGAGGGUGGUUGUGGUUGGUGCGGGCGUGGCCGGGUUGGUGGCCGCCAAGGUGCUCAGCGAUGCUGGACACAAGGUCACCAUCCUGGAGGCAGACAAUAGGAUUGGGGGCCGCAUCCUCACCUACCGCGACCGGAAGACAGGCUGGAUUGGGGAGCUGGGGGCCAUGCGCAUGCCCAGCUCGCACAGGAUCCUCCAUGAGCUCUGCAAGAGCCUGGGCCUCAACCUGACCAAAUUCACCCAGUACGACGAGAACACGUGGACAGAGGUGAACGAGGUGAAGCUGCGUAACUAUGUGGUGGAGAAAAUGCCUGAGAAGCUAGGCUACAAGCUGAACCCCAAGGAGAAGGGCCGCUCGCCCGAAGAAAUCUACCAGAUGGCUCUCAACAGGGCCAUCAAAGAUCUCCGGACACUGGGCUGCAAGAAGGCAAUGAUGAAGUUUGAAAGGCACACGCUCCUGGAAUACCUCCUCGGGGAGGGGAACCUGAGCCAGCCGGCCGUGCGGCUCCUGGGAGACGUGAUGUCCAAGGACGGCUUCUUCUAUCUCAGCUUCGCCGAGGCCCUGCGGGCCCACAGCUGCCUCAGCGACCGGCUCCGGUACAGCCGCAUCGUGGGCGGCUGGGACCUGCUGCCGCGCGCGCUGCUGAGCUCGCUGUCGGGGCCGGUGCUGCUGCACGCGCCCGUCGUGGCGAUUAAACAGGGCACGCACGAGGUGAGGGUGCACAUCAAGUCCUCGCGCCGGACCCGGAACCUGAAGUCCAUGAUGGCCGACGUGGUGCUGCUGACUGUGAGCGGGCCGGCGCUGCAGCGCAUCACCUUCACGCCGCCGCUGACGCGCAAGCGGCAGGAGGCGGUACGCGGGCUGCACUAUGUGCCGGCCACCAAGGUGUUCCUGAGCUUCCGCCGGCCCUUCUGGCACGACGAACACAUCGAGGGCGGCCACUCGAGCACCGACCGCCCGUCGCGGGUGAUCUUUUACCCGGCGCCGGGCGACGGCGCGCUGCUGCUCGCCUCGUACACGUGGUCGGACGCGGCGGCCCCGUUCGCCGGCCGGAGCCUGACCGAAUCGCUGCGCUUGGCGCUCGACGACGUGGCGGCGCUGCACGGGCCCAUCGCGUACAGACUCUGGGACGGCACCGGUAUCGUCAAGCGCUGGGCGGAGGAUCCGCACAGCCAGGGCGGCUUCGUGGUGCAGCCGCCGACGCUCUUUCAAACUGACAAGGACGAGGGGCGGGAGUACGAUUGGUCGGUGCCCUAUGGCCGCAUCUACUUCGCCGGCGAGCACACAGCCUACCCGCACGGUUGGGUGGAGACGGCCGUCAAGUCGGCGCUGCGGGCCGCGGUCUUGAUCAACAGUCGGAUCUCCGGCUCUGGCUCUAGCAGCCGCCUGAAGGAGCCCCGGAUCAUCAAGAUGGGGCAUGGGCACCUGGCGCCCGCCCACCACCACCACCACCACCACCAGUGCCCCUUGGAAAGUGGGCAGGGCACCCACUCUCCAGCCUCACAUGCGGUAACCGCCGGACACUCGACCCCAAAGAAGAGCCAGUAUUAA